ACACACACACACAUUUUGCGUGUCACACCAGUUUAAACUGAUAUCAAACAUCUUUAACUUGGUCCCAAAUCCUGACAAGGAUUGAUUUACUGAUGAAAGAUUUAUCCACUAUCAUACUAAUAGGAUCAACUAAAUAUUUUCGUUACUCUAUUUCAGGAACAAUGCGUUUUAGUACAAACUUUAAGCCGUAUGUUCUGCUUCUCGUUGUUGGAAUCUUCUUGCUUCUUGGGUAUGUCUACUUCAGCUUCUUCUCUGAAAGGCUCAACCGAGAUAUCCCAGUUGAUGAGGACGUGAAGAGCAGCAGCCUGAGUAAUCCCAUGGUCAGGAGCAGUGUAUGGAACAUGGUCUCUCCAGAAAAGCUUUUGUACAAGCAGCCCAGUGUCUUGGUGGGACGUACUGAUGUGGUGACAGUGACCCCGUGGUUGGCAUCCAUCAUCUGGGAAGGCACCUUUGACCCUGUGCUCGUUGACAACAUCUACAAGCCCAUGAACCUCACCAUAGCAACCACAGUGUUUGCAGUUGGAAUAUAUGUCCGCUUUCUCCGAGAUUUUCUGGAGACAGCGGAGAUGCACUUCAUGGUCGGCUUCAACGUGCGCUACUAUGUUUUCACUGAUCGUCCCAACGAUGUUCCUUCGGUGAACCUAACUCAGGGGAGACAUUUAAGUGUGAUCCAGGUCCCAGGUUCAAACCGCUGGCAGGAGAUAUCAGCCCGGAGGAUGGAGAUCAUCCAGACCACCAUUGAAAGUCAGAUCCGAAGGGAGGCCGACUACAUCUUCUGUCUGGACGUGGACAGCAAGUUCCACGCUCGCUGGGGGGCCGAGUCUCUUGGAAGACUGGUUGCUGUGAUACACCCAGGCUACUAUGAUCAGACCCGUGCCAAAUUCCCAUACGAACGGCGUCCAGCCUCAAUGGCCUACAUCCCCAUGGAUGAGGGAGACUACUACUAUGGCGGGGCUAUGAUCGGAGGGUUCGUGGAGGAUGUGUACACACUUACAACGGUAUGUCGGAACCGGUUUGCGGUGGAUGCUGGGAAUUCCAUCGAGGCUGCCUGGCAGGAGGAGAGCCACCUCAACAGGUACCAGCUCUAUAACAAGCCCAGCAAGGUGUUGUCUCCCGAGUACCUGUGGCAGGACUUCAAGGCCAAAACCAAAGAGGUCAAAGUCAUUCGCUUUUCAGGGGUCAAUAAAAACUAUGCUGAAGUUCGUCCCAAUGUAUAAAAAGAGGAAGUGGAUAUUUGACCAGCAGAAAAAAACUAAAUUCAGUCUUAGCGGUAUAAAUUCAUUGUGGUUAUGGUUAUGUUUAGGUUUAGGAACAAGGGUUAGGUUAGGGUUGCGUUCGGGUAUAAUUUUGUUGAGUUACGUUUGUGGGUUGCGGUUCGUGAAAGGCAUAAUAAUACAAAAAAAAAUGGGGGAUACUGAAAUUUGACCUGCUACACACGUGAAUGUUUUUUAGAAUUAGGCUGUAAUGUAACAAAAUGGGGAAAAGGUGAAGGAGUCUGAACACUUUCCAAAUGCACUGUAUUGAAAUGUUUGUUGAAGAUGAAAGGAGGAGCUUUAUUAUAUUUUUACCUUUAUUUUACUAGGCAAGUCAGUUAAGAAAACAUUCUUAUUUUCAAUGACAGCCUAGGAACAGUGGGUUAACUGCCUGUUCAGGGGAAGAAUGACAGAUUUGUACCUUGUCAGCUCUGGGAUUUGAACUUGCAACCUUCCAGUUACUAGUCCAACACUUUAAACACUAGGCUACCCUGCCACCCCUCUAUCACAGCCACGAAUGAGAAGUUGUUUGAAUGAUUCAUAUUACAAACAUGUAGGACAUUGCAACAAAUGAGUCAUACUUAUCAGAAUAGUUUCUCAUCUUUGAGCUCCCCUGUAACAACGAUUAUUACCAACAAACAAAUGGUUUAGUUGUGGAGAGAUGCAGAAAUAGGGAAUACAUAUCUAUACAUUUCUAAGUCAGACAAGCCACUACAGUGGGCUGAAUUCCAUUUAAUGAUAAAAGGGCAAAAACUGCACAAAGGGCAAGGUGGAGCUGUCAGUCCUAUCCAGAAACAACCCCGACCCACUACACACAUAUAGAUCUGAAAUGCUUGGAAAGGUACAAGCAAUGUUCCCUCUAAGCUGAGCACAGCUCCCCUCGGACUGCCUGCGGAAGAAAUAUCAGCCUGCGGAGAGAAUGCAAGACUAAGGCCCAUACUCUACACAGACUGGUGCGCCAUAACCAAUCAGAGCUGCAGUUGGCCUAUAUGCAUAUAGCCAUUGCCAUAUAUGGAUCUGUGCCAUUCAAUUUAAUAAACUGGACUGUGUUUAUAUCAUGAGUGGUCUCGAGUAAAUGCUCUUGUUUUGAUAUCAAAGCGACAGCUGCAUGUAGUCACCUGUGUAAAUUUUUUCAUAUUCUUUGCUAGUUAUUGAGUUAUUAGCCCCUGUUAUAGCUCAUGUCUAGUCAACAAUGGAGAAGUGGUUGCUUCCUACAAGAGCACAAAUAUGUGUAUUUCUUGCCAUCUUUGAAAAGCCAGUGAGGUAAAGAGCUGUUUUUAUGUCUUAAAGGGGCAGUGUUAUAUUUUGUGACAGUCUUGAAUAAGAUAAGUAGCAAAUAGGCAGAGGGUAGCAUAAUUUGUCUGUUUCUCUCUAAUAAUUGUAUGGAAAUAAUAAAGCAUUUUAUUUUGUAAA